GUGGCACAGGUGUCCUGGCCCGAGACAUUCUCCAUCAUGCGCGCAAUGAACAUGCUCAAUUUUUUAGCUCCCUUCAGAAGUAUGUCAUCGGCGAGCGCUCGCCGGCCCUUCAGGCAGCACAGAGGAAAACUGCUGCGGAAUUUGUCCCCAGCAAACUUCGAAUCUCCGAUGCGGACGCCCGAACAGCUUCUGGUCUGCGGCAGCAACUGUUAGAGGAAGCAGAUGGCAUUUUGUAUUCGGUGGUGCUCUCCAACGAGCUUUUGGAUGAGUUUGAUCCAGUGCGUUUGCGCUUGUCUUGGCACGCAGGCAAUCCCCCGGAUGUGGAGCGCUGCAAGCUUUGUUCUGCCUACCGGGAGGCCCAUGUGCUCCACCGAAUUGACGAGAAAGCCUUGUAUGCCUUGCUUGGUGAGGAUGCCCCUGAGCGUGAGAAGACAUCAUGCCUUUCAUGA